AUGUCCGCCGCCGGCGUUGGCCGUUUGUCGCGGUCGGCCACCAGCGUCGUCGCCAAAGCGGUGAGCGGGUUCCACCUGCUGCGCAUCGACGGCUACUCGCAGGCCAAGACGGUCCUCCCAGGCGAGAAGAUCUCCUCCGUGGGCUUCACCGUCGGCAGCGGGUCCUGGCGCAUGGACUACUACCCCAACGGCCGCGACGCCGCCCCGAGAUCCAACCACGCCUCUGUCUACAUCCAGCUCACCGACGACUGCACCCGGCGUCCCGGCCAGGCGUGGUACAAGUUCAGCCUGCUGGACCACGCCGGCAACACCGCGUACGAGCUCCCGGCCGAGACCGGCUCCUUCACCGGCAUCCCCAAACCCGAAGUCGACGACCAUUACUACCACCCCUUGUACUCCCCCAGCCCGCGCUUGCGCGCCUUGAGGAGCCCUGCCGCUGCCGGCGACGAAGAAGGCCCCGGAUGCGGCCACGAGCAGUUCAUCGGGAGGGAAGAGCUGGAGCAUCUGAUCCGCGACGACUUCCUCGUGGUCCGGUGCGACGUCGGCCUUAGGGAGAUGACGUGCUCGCGUCUGGCGGCGGACGAGAUCGACAACUGGGAAGAUGAUGAAGGUGAUGAGGCGGAGGAGGGCUACUACGGGGCUCCAACUUAUUAUCCUCCUCAUCCCGGACGGGGUCGACGCCGUCGUCAGCCGGACGACGGUGAGUACGUCAAGUGGUGUUUGGCCCAGCGGCCUGGUGAGCCGCGGAUCCAGCAGGGACGAAAGGUCGGCGGCCAAUAUGCAUGAGAGGUGACAAGCAUGAAUUACAACAAUAACUUUUUCAGGCCGUGAUUCCUUCCUUUUUUUUACUCCCGUAGUUGAUCUUAUUAAUAAUCCUGUGGGCUAUGGCCAUCGUGGCAGCUAUCGCAAUAGUUAAAAGCUCGUACAUAACUUGGUAUGAGCGAUGCACAUCGAUUCCCGACGGUUUUUCAAGGAGACCCGGUUCCUAUUCAUGUCAGUGGUCUUUAGGUUGUUUUGUGGUAGGAUGUGGCUGCUCAUGUGCUUUUAUUUUUUUAUCUUCUUUGUAAGAGGGUCUCAUGAUUAUCUUGUAUGCUUAAUGCUAGUUAAAGACUA